AUGGUUGCGGGCAUAAGCAUUGCGGCAGUAUGGGCGAGUGAGUUGGAGAGGUUUGCUUUGGCAAAAGUUGGGCAGAGGAUCACGUUUUUGGUUGGCAAAGCUUGGAGAAACGAAUCUCUGCGGGUAGACGAAUGGAGUGGCUUGAAAUCAGGACCGGAAUUGAUGGUUCACACACGGAUUUCAGGGCAAACAGUGAAUGGCAGUUUCCGUAAAAACUGCGGAUCGGCAGGUGUGUGCAGAAGCCCAAAAAUCGGUGUAUUCCUGUCAAGUAACAUCAAGGUAGCAACAUCAAGAUUUUAUCCAUCAUUCAAGCUUUUUGUCAUGAAUAGUACUCAGCAGUUCCGCGUGACGGUGCAAUCAUAA